AUGGCUUCAUUCAAGCACAUCGCCCUUCUUGGUAAAGGAAUGCUCGGUUCCGCCAUCUUACCUCAGCUUCUCGAGAAAGGCUUUGAAGUCACCUUGUUCACUCGCUCCGAGUCCUCCGUCAAAGAUCUGCCCUCAGGAGUCCAUGUUGCAGAAGUCGAUUACUCUUCGAUCAGCAGUCUGACCGAUGCCAUGAAGGGCAAAGAUGUGGUUAUUUGUACCAUCACCUCAACAGCCAUCCCAGAGCAGAAGGUCAUCAUCGACGCUGCCAUCCAAGCGGGCGUAAAGCGAUUCAUACCAGCAGACUUUGGCGCCCUGUCUACCAUUCCCAGCGCCAAGGAUCUCCCAAUCCACAUCUCGGUAGCGCAAAUACGGCAGUAUCUGGCUGAGAAGGCGGAAGAUGGUCAAAUCGAGUAUACAGUCUUCUCCAAUGGCCUUUUCUUGGAGCUGAUUUUCUCGUUUCCUUUCGUGUUCGACUAUGCCAAUAGAAAGGUUGAUCUAAUUGACAACGGCGAGAAUCCCUUCAGCGUCACUACCGUGGCUUCCAUCGGAAAGGCCGUCUCAAACAUGUUGAAGGACCCCGAAGGAGCCAAGAACCGCAUCAUCUACAUUCAUGACAUGACCGUAACACAGGCGCAGCUUGUGAGGCUGGUCAAGAAGCACUCGCCGCCUGAGCCAGCGUGGACGGAGACAAAGGUGGAUUCUGCAGUCGAGUUGCAGGAGAGCCUUGAAAGCUUUGCUCGGGAUGGAUUCAACAUGGAGAAUGCGCCUCGUUUGCUGCGAUCAGCCCUGCUUGGUGGGAAAUAUGGCGGCGCGUAUCCGAACGUGGAGAAUGAGCGGUUUGGCCUCGAGCUAUGGACUGAGAAGGAGUUGGAUGCUUUUGUUGCUUCAAAGGUUCAGUAA